GCAGGUCAUGCCAGAGAUUCAGCUCCCUGGAAGACGUAAAUAAAAUGCAAAUCCCUACUGGGCUACUGACAACACUCAGAGCAAGAAUGAACAGAAUACUGCUAUGCCAUCUGUGCCAGACGCGGUCCACGCAAUAAACACGUCUCCAUAUACCAAAAGCACUGGCCGACUUGCUGGGGUCAGUCUUGCAAGUGCUGCAUUUGCGCUCUGACUUGGAGAAGCGCUCGCGCACGGGACCUACCGGAGAGGCUCAGGGAUGUUCUCGUGGAUUACGGACACAAUGAUUGACGUGGAAGCUCCAGAACGGUGAACGACCCGCGUGCGCAACAAUGCAGCGAAUUUUCCAGAGGAGACGGAUCCGCACGCUGCGCUGGGUCUGGUCGCUGAUGGCCGUGCUCGCGCUGUCUCUGGCCGUGUGCAGUGCCAUAUUUACAGUGUGGACGCUGCGACAAACGCGGGACCUGUCGAGGUCUUUCCAAACUCUGCAGGAGCGCUUGGAGCAGGUGAAUAUGCAGCGUAAGGCCAUCUUCCAACUGAUCCUGGAAAAACGCGAACUGUUGGAGAGCCAGAGGUUCCGCAGAGAUGUGGGAGGGAAGAAAGGAAACGGACGAAAAGUGGCCUCUCAUUUUGAGAUAACCAGUGAUUCCUUCCAAAAAGUUGGAAACGAAGGAGUCAUUAAAGGAUGGACUGAGGAGCAGCUGAAUAUGAGCAGGGCAGUGAACUACAAUUCAGAGACCGGCACCUUCAGAGUGGAGCGUAGCGGCGUCUACUUCGUGUAUUGUCAAGUACACUUCAACGAGAACCAGAGUCAGUAUGUGAAGCUCGAAGUGUCCAUUCCUAAAGGCCCUUUGCUCCAGUGCAUUGAAGGGUACGGAACCACUCCAGCCUCUGGCUCUCACAGGUUUCACUUCCUGAAGCCAUGCCAGGUCUCCGGCCUCCUUCGCCUUAACAAGGGGACCGAGCUGAAGGCUGUCACCGGAGCUUCCUUCAGUCUGCAGACGUCAGGCAAGCACUAUUUCGGCCUCUUUAAAGUCAACUAGAUGCACUGAGAGUUUCCAGACACCUCAACUGUACGGACAGCAGACUUUUAUAGUUUUCCACAGAUCACUGGUCUAAAGUAUCUAUCCUGAACUUGUCUCUUUGAACCCGACAUUGCCUUAACAGAGAGAAUUUUGACUCUGAAAGAAACAUUUUUUUUAAACAGCUGUGCACGGUCAUGGAUGACCCCUUUAUGAGCACAAGUGGCCUUCAGUGCAGAUGUCAUCAGGAUGUUAUUGCCUGCUCAACUUGCCUUGUUGGACCAAUUUAUGGAGAAUCAUUUGGUACUAUGCUGGUUUGGCUGCAAAUGCCUUAUUAAACACAAACCAGCACAAUUUCUACUAUAUAAAUAUAGCUUUUAAUUACAGCAUACCAGAGAUGUUGCUCCAGCAGCGUGGUUGGCUUAUAUACUGGCAUAACCAGUUUGAACAGAAGGAAGAUGAAUUUUCAGCAGCUUUCCUGGCCACUACAAGCAUGAGAGGUUUCACCACUGGUUACUUGGCUGGACCAAAAUGGAGUUGCCCCAGUUCCUGAACUGCCUUACCACUGGAUGGGUUCAGUGCAGAAAAAUGAAGGUUUUGGUUGGUCGUUAUGAAAGCACAGAGGGCCUAAAUAUGCAUUGAAUGAUACAUGAAACUUUAGUUGUUGCAAAAAUGCCACAUUUCUCUCCAAAUACACUGUCACUGUGACAUACCAAACAUAUAAUAAUAUUUAUCAGUAAAAAGGCAGUGACUUAAAGCAGAUGAUGUAUCUUGUGUACUGUACUGUUCCUAAAGUGGACUUAUGUGUACAUAUAGCAUGAAGGUUGAUGGCGUGGACCCUUAAAAAGUCACAAUAUGCCUUUGGUUUUUAUAUAAUGUGCAAUUUCAUGUCUAUUUUUAAUUAGUUUAAGUAAAGUUACAGAUUUUUUUUUUACACCACCUUAAAUUCAUUUAAUCUCACUAAUUAGAAAUGUAUGAAACCACUGGUGAGUCAAAUCUGUUAAUGUCUACAUGAUUUCCGCUUCUGAAGCCUUUCAUAAAUCUUGUCAAUGAAUUAAAUCUUAAAUGGAGAUCA